CAUCCGUGGUCUGACUGCAUUAACCUCUCGGUUCCCGGCUCCUGCCACGUGAGGUGUCCUAAUAUGGUCAGACUCCGCAGGAGCCCAGGAGCGCUUGCCUUUCUCCUGCUAAUGGGGAGGAAGCAAACACUCUGAAGGAGUUUGCAGCGAGCGCGUCUCCUUCAUUCGCUGUCUGGGCGGGUUCGGAGGAGGACGACGGGAGAGGAAGGCGCUCCUGAGACCUCGCGGGCGCACGGCUCCUGGCUCUUCUCCCCGUCCCUGCUAUUUGGGGAAGGCGUAACCCGGCUGCUGGGCGCGGGAGAACCGCAGACAAGCCAUGGGCGCCGGGAGCUCCACCGAACAGAGGAGCCCGGAGCAGCCGGAGGCGGGGAGCGCGACGCCGGCCGAGCCCGAGCCCGAGCCCAGCGGCGGAGGCUCUGCGGCGGAGGCGGCGCCCGGAUCGUCGGCGGACGCGACCAUCGCCGCUGCGGACCCCGCCACCAAGCUACUACAGAAGAAUGGUCAGCUGUCCACUGUGAACGGCUUAGCCGAGCAAGGCCUCCAGGAGGGAUCCCUGAAUGGCCAGGAGGAGGAAACUGUCACAGAUGUUGGACAGAGAGAGUCUGAAGAUGUGACUGAAAGGGAAUCAGACAAAGACAUGGCUGCUAACUCAGCGGCGGUUCAAGACAUCACGAAGGAGGGGCAGGAGGAAAUGCCUGAGAUGAUGGAACAGAUCCCUGCCCCAGAAAGCAGUGUAGACGAGCUGAUGCAACCCGCUGAGCCCCAGGCUAACGACGUAGGAUUUAAGAAGGUGUUUAAGUUUGUCGGCUUCAAAUUCACUGUGAGAAAGGAUAAGACAGAGAAGUCUGACACUGUGCAGCUUCUCACCGUCAAAAAGGAUGAAGGCGGAGGGCCAGGGGGGUCCGACGAGGCUGGUGACCGCCUGGAGCCCAGCCGGGAGACAGGGGACGUGACACCCACAGACACUGAACUCAAACAGUCCACAGAGAAGCCCGAAGAGACGCCCAGACACGAGCUGAGCCGCCCAGAAGUCUCCCUUCAGGCGGAGUCCGGUCCACCAGCCGAGGAAGGCAAAGAUGAAGGAGAAGAAAAACAAGAGAAAGAACCCGCCAGAUCUCCAGAUUCUCCGACUAGUCCGGUGGCCAGUGAAACCGCAUCGCCCUUCAAAAAAUUCUUCACUCAAGGUUGGGCCGGCUGGCGAAAAAAGACCAGUUUCAGGAAGCCUCGGGAGGAUGAGCUGGAGGCUUCAGAGAAGAAAAAGGAACAAGAGGCAGAAAAGGCAGACACAGAAGAAAACGAGAAGACGGAAGAUCUCUCCGAGCAGCCGUCCUCACAGGAGGCCCGCGAGAGCACCCAGGAUGCCAGGCUGUCGGCCGAGUAUGAAAAGGUGGAGCUGCCCCCCGAAGACCAAGGGCAAGCACCUCCCGAAGAGAAACCCGCCCCGUUAGCAACAGAAGUGUUCGAUGAAAAAGUAGAGAUUGUCGCGGAGGUCCACGUCAGCACUGCAGAGAAGGGCACGGAGGCACAGAAAGCCGAGGUAGAAGAGGCAGUAGAGCCCUCGCCACCUGAGCGAUCUCUUGAAACGGACGCCGACCUUCCGGAUGCCGAGGCCCCGGAGGCGCUGCUGAAGAUGCAGGAAGAGGCGGGCGCCCCCAGCGGGGACCACGCCCAGCCGGCCGAGCUCUGCGCAGCCGCGAAAGCACCUCCCACGCCCCCUGAGGGCGUCGCGGGGGAGGUGGAAGUGCCGUCCUCGCAGGAGAGAACUAAGGUGCAGGGAAGCCCUUUAAAGAAACUGUUCACUAGCAGCGGCUUAAAAAAGCUCUCUGGAAAGAAACAGAAAGGGAAAAGAGGAGGAGAUGAGGAGUCCGGGGAGCAGCAUCCAGCCUCAGCGGAUUCUCCCGACAGCCCAGACGAACCCAAGGGUGAGAGCUCGGCCUCGUCCCCCGAAGAGCCCGAGGAGAUCACGUGCCUGGAGAAAGGCGUGGCCGAGGCCCCCCAGGACGGGGAGACGGAGGAAGGGACCACUUCCGACGGAGAGAAGAAGAGGGAAGGUGUUACCCCCUGGGCAUCUUUCAAAAAGAUGGUGACACCCAAGAAACGCGUGAGAAGGCUCUCUGAAAGUGACAAGGAGGACGAAGUGGACAAGGUUAAGAGCGCCACUCUGUCCUCCACGGAGAGCACCACCUCUGAAAUGCAGGAGGAGGGGAAAGGAAACGGAGAGGAGCAGAAGCCAGAAGAGCCAAAGCGCAAGGUUGACACCUCCGUGUCCUGGGAAGCUCUGAUUUGUGUGGGGUCAUCCAAGAAAAGAGCAAGGAAAGCAUCCUCUUCUGACGACGAAGGGGGACCAAAACCCCCGGGAGGAGACAGCCAAAAACCAGAGGAAGCAGGGAGAGACAGGGAGUCCGGCCCAGACGCGCCCCCUGCCGGCUCCCAAGACCACGACCAGCCCCCAGGAAGUUCCUCACCCGAGCAGGCCGGCAGCCCCUCCGAAGGGGAGGGGGUCUCCACCUGGGAGUCAUUUAAAAGAUUAGUCACCUCGAGAAAAAAACCGAAGUCAAAACUGGAAGAGAAAAAUGAAGACUUGGUAGCUGGGUCCAGCCUAGAAUAUUCAGCCUCAGAUGCUGAGCUGGGCAAAGAAGAGUCUUGGGUUUCAAUCAGGAAGUUUAUUCCUGGGCGAAGGAAGAAAAGGCUGGAUGGGAAACAAGAACAAGCGGCGAUGGAAGAUACGGGGCCGACGGAGGCCAACGAGGACGAUUCGGACGUCCCAGCCGUGGUGCCUCUGUCCGAGUACGAUGCGGUGGAAAGGGAGAAAACAGAAGCACAGCAGGCUCCGAAGAGCGAGGAGGGCCCUGAGCAGAAGGUGGCUGUCGACGUGUCGGAGGAGCUCAGUAAGAGUCUGGUUCACACCGUGACUGUGGCUGUCAUGGACGGGACAAGGGCCGUUACUAGCAUUGAAGAAAGGGCACCUUCCUGGAUCUCUGCUUCGGUGACAGAACCUCUUGAACAAGCAGAAGACGAAGACAAGCCACCAUCUGGGGAGGUGUUUGAAAAAGAAGUCGUUGCAGAGGAAAUCCCCGUCGAUACCAAAACGCUGCCAGAGAGCCAGGAGGCCGCUGAUGACAUAGUCGCCAGCAAGGUGGAAUUGACCCCUGAAGCUCUGACGGCCGCAGAAACCACAGAGGCGUUGUGUGCUGAAGAAGCCACAGAAGCCUCUGGUGCUGAAGAGACCACCGACAUGGUUUCGGCUGUUUCCCAGUUAACCGACUUUCCAGAUACCACCGAGGAAGCAACACCGGUUCAGGAGGUGGAGGGCAGCAUGCCCGACAUGGAAGCCCAGGCGAAGAGGACCCGAGAGGUGCUGCAGGCCGUUGCAGAAAAAGUUAAACAGGAAUCACAGCUGCCUGACGCCAGAGGGCUAGACGACACCAUCCAGACAACCCAGAAAGGACAAGCGAAAAUACUGGAGCAGGUGGAGGAAGCAGAAGAGGAUUCUCACGCACUCGAUCAGAAGGAAGCAAUGGAUGGAGCACCCAGAGUACGUGUACAAGAAACGAAAACUGAGACUUUGACACAGGGGACGGCGAUGGUACAGGCCACCCCGGAAAGCUUGGAAGAAAUUCCUCCAGGCACAGAGAGUGCAGAGGCCAGGGAGCUUACAAGCACUUGUCCAGCUGAAACCGUGGCUGCGGUAAAACCAGAGACUGUCCCAGAACAGGCUGUUGCUCCUGACUCAGCUGAAACCCUCACAGACAGUGAGACCAAUGGAAGCACCCCAGUAGCAGAUUUUGAAGCUACAAAUGUAAGCCAGCAGACCACGAUCAUGGAAAUCGAUGAAGAUGGUGAGGUUCCAUCCGGUACCCAAUACCAGGUCACAGAAGGUGAGGCACUUCCUGAACUGAAAGAGAUGCCUCCAGAACCUUCCAAUUUUCAAUCCCAGGAAGAAAAGCGUUCAAAAAUGGAAGAGGUUCUAGAACAUACAGAUAAAGAGGUAACAGUGGAAACUGUACCCAUCCUUUCAAAGACUGAGGUGAUUCAAGAGGCUGGCCGAUGUGCUGAUGAGGAAGCCAAAGAGGAACCAUCUGUCGAAGGACUUGUGGUGUCCGCUGACACAGAAACAACCGAGAAAAAGAUAACUGAAGUUGCCCUUGAGGAUGAAGUUACGAAAAAAGCUGAGUUUCAAAAGAAUGAUGAUCUCGAACUCCAGAGACCUGCUAAGUCUCUUCCAACCCCAGUGGAGAGAGAGAGGGUAGUUCAAGUGGAAAGGGACAAAACGGAAUUAGAGCCAACUCAAGUAAAUGAAGAGAAACUUGAGUGCAAACUAGCUGUUACCACAUGUGAAGAGCUCAGUAAGCAACUGGUUCAGGCAGUGAAUGUAACCAUCAUAGACGGGGAAAAGGAAGUCAUCAGUUUUGAAGGAAGUUCUCUGCCCGUUCACGAGGAAGAGGCAUGCACAGAAAUUCAAGUUCAGAGCUCUGAGGCACCAUUAGCUCUAACAGCUGCAGCAGUGGGGGAGAAGGUCUUAGGAGAAGCUAUCAAGAUUUUAGAAACAGCGGAAACUUUGGAAUCUGCAGAGGCACGUUUAGUACCGGAAGAAAAGUCCUCAGAAAAAGACGAAGGCUCUCCUGCUCAGCCAGGGGAAGACACGGUGCCCACAGGGACUGAGUCUCAGGCCAAAUCAAUCCCGGUAAUAGUAUCUGUUACGCCUGAAAAAGGCAUCAGCGCAGACCUGGAAGGAGAUAAAACCACAUCACAGAAAUGGGAGUCAGAUGGAGACGGUGAGCAGGCUGGUUGUCAGGAAGGCGGAGUAAGCAAAACAAGAGAGGAAGAUUUAAAGGCUGAAGAUGAGAUUUUGAAACUUGAGACAGAGAGCUGCAAGCUUGUACAAAACGUAAUUCAGACAGUUGUUGACCAGUUGGGGAGUACAGAAGAAACGGCCUCUGCUUUCCAGACCCAGGCUCAACUGACGGAAGCCGACAGCCAGGAAGCUGGGCAGAAAAUCGAGAAAGAAGAAAGCAAACUUCAGCCCUGCACGUUGGAUGAAACACAAACCAUCGAAGCCAAAGAGGAGUCCCCGCUAAGUGCCGGGGAACACACACAUCCAGAUGUUUCUGGAGAUGUGAAUGAAGCUUUAGAGAAGAUGGCGGCCACUAGGGUAGAAAGUUCCCCGGUAGAUGGCCAGCAGCUUGAAGAGGUAGCUUCCCCAUCCAAGGAGAAGAGAGAAGCCCCUGAAAUAAAGUCUGUGCCAGAAGACGACGGUGGUGCCGGGUUUGGAGAAAGAACAGAGAAGUCACCGUUUGAAUCCCGAGAAGAUGAAAAAGGUGAUGCUGCUGUUGAUCCCGGGAACCAUACCUCAGCCCCGGAAGAUGCUGAGGCAUCAGGAGGCUCGACCAAAGAGUCUUCAGAUACAAUUGGACCCAAACUGAAAGAGAAGGGAGAUGGCCAGAAAGUCGAAUUUCAGGAAGAAAAAGUGCAGAGCGAGUCAGAAAAAGAGAUCAAAACACAAACACAGGAGGAGACACAGGACCAAGAGAGAGCACCGGCAAAACCCGAGCCCACAGAAUCCUAAAAUGUCACUUACUGUUGUGUAUUUGCAAGACCAGAAUGUGAAGACGAGUGGGAGAAGAAAACGAAUGCUGCUGACGAGACCAAUCUUACAGAACUUUGGGAACGGAAGAACAGACACAUCAACUGCUCUCAUUUCUAGAGAACCCCUGACAAUCCUGAGGCUUCAUCGGGAGCUGUAGCCAGAUAACAUUUCUUCCUUUCAAGACCACCCUGAUAUUUUCCCUCGGUACCAUAUAAUGUUUCUGAUUCAAGGUCCGUAAUUCUUAGCCCGGAACUGGAGUUGGCAAUACCUAGUUCUGCUUCUCAAACUGGAGUAUCAUUCUUUAUGUAUUUAUAUGUAUGUUUUAAGUAAUUCUCCUGUAUCUAUUGUAUAUUUUUUUUCUUAAUGUUUAAGGAAAUUACAGUAUAGUGCAUUCCUUCUGUAUCACACAAUAUACGACGGGGCAUGCAACCACGGUGAAGUCUCAGGAAGCUGUCUGCCUCAGUUACAACCUUUGAAAACAGAGCUUCCUAGAAAUAACAUUCCUGAUCAGAAGCUACACUUCUUGUUUUAAAAUUCACUAAGGAUUAGGUCCUUUCAGAGUGUUUAGUAUCACUCUGAAAUUGGUCACUUUCCUAUUAUGCACAGUGCACUAAAAAUAGAAAGUGCUUUUUGGAGGGAAACAUACAGAAUGUUCCAUUGUUACUGGGAAAUUUUUCUUUCUAUCCCCCAGUGGAGGUUGGAAGGAAGUUUUCUUCAGUAGCAGAUUAAUUUAAAGUCUUCUCCGCUAAUUGUUAUACGGUUGUUACGGACAGAUGAGUGUGCUUAAUUUUGAGGCAAAGUAGUGAAAUGUUUUUCAUGUUAUCAAGAAAAAAAACGACUGGUUUUGAGUCUACCUUCUAUGCUGGACCACAUCCACACACAGCACGAAAUAAGUCAGGUUCUUUACAGAUGGUAUUUUGAUAGAUGCUGGAUUGUGUCUGUGCCAUACUUGUGCCCACUCUUUUAAGAACAAUGUAGCAUUGUCAUUUGGAUAAAUUGUGAUUUGACAACUGAUUUCAAUAAAACAUUUGCUUCACUUAGAUUUGUUGGAUUUAUUAGAUAAUAGGAAGCCUGGGACAUAUGUUUACUACAUUCUAAAAGCAGAGAAGCUAGAAGUUUCUAACGUAGUCACUACACGAUGUCACCACUUUACACCAGUUUGAGUUGGGGAUCAGAGGAAGUCAAAGGCAGAGGGGGAUCCGCUGAAAUAAACCAGGAGCGUUUUAGAUUGACGGUACUGAAACAAUGCUACCAUCUGGUGGUGCCUUCCUGAAAAAGUCAGUUUUCUUUGUUAAUAUCUGUUCAUGACAAAUGUCUCUAGAAUGACAUUUUAAGAAGGCUUAGUGGUAAAAAUGCCUUACCUAACAGGUGAUCUUGGAAAAAAGUUUUUAAGUGUCAAAAUGAUUUCUGAUUCACGUUAACACCUAAAGGAUUCUGUCAGACAGGUGCCACACAAAGGACAGUCCCCCAUCUACCUGAAAGUCCCACUUUUUCAUGGGUAGCACUGGCCUGGUGUGCACACUUCUUAAAUUGUACUCACACUCAGUACUCCAGUUUGAGAACUUAAAUUUCAACUGCCAAUUAAAUUAUUUUGAAGUAUAACAUUCUAGCAAAACUAGAACAGUCUUUUAGCAGAAAGACAGUGCUGUCAAAACUGGAAAUCGUUUCUCAUAAACCAACAAACCUGACUACGAUAAAAAGUUGGCCAUUAUUAGAAAGACCCCCUCAUGGUAAGAGCAUAUGGUAGUUGGAAAACAUUUAGUAUCUUGUAGUUGGAAAACAUUUAGUAUCUUUUUGGGAGUUUUUCACACAUAUAAUAGCCACUUACUUGUGCUUAAUUACUCAACUUUAAAAUCCCCAAAUUAAAAAAAACACCCUCUGAUCUAAAGAUAUUUCUUU